UAAUGAGUGAAUUUUAGAAAAUAGAUGAAGAUGAUUAUUUUCGAUUGAAUGACAUUUUUUGUAUAUGGUUAAUGAAAAAAUAAAAUACUCAUUUUGAGGAUCUCUCUUACAAAGAUGCAAAGAAAAAAUUUAAAAAAUUUUGUAAAAGGUAUAACAACCAAAAGCUUGAUCCCUUAUAUUACGAGCAUGAUAAAUUAAUAGAAAAAUAUCAAUCAGAUAUCCAAUCGAAACACAAAUGGAAUUUUAAAUGAGUU